AUGGCAAAUUUUAUUGAAUUCGUCACCACCAACUGGUACAUCAUCAUUCCAGCACUUCUAGUGUUGCACAAGGUCUUUGACCUCUUGUAUGUUCAGUAUUUGUACAGAAAGCUUGGAGCAAAGCCUUGCACCAACCAGACAGAUGACCAUGCUUUUGGUAUUCGUGCUGGAUUUGAAAUGUUGAAGAAAAAGAACGAAGGAACUGUUGUAGACUUUGGUGCAGAAAGAUUUGAAUCCCGCAUCGACCCCAAGAUCCCAACCUUUUCCAUGAGAUUGUUCUUGAUUCCAAUUGUGCUUACCAGAGACCCCGAAAACAUAAAGGCAUUAUUGGCCACUCAAUUCAACGAGUUCGUAUUAGGCUCUAGAUUCGAACAGCUUGCCCCAUUGUUGGGUAAAGGUAUUUUCACGUUGGACGGUGAAGGCUGGAAGCAUUCCAGAGCCAUGUUGAGACCACAGUUCGCUAAGGAGCAAGUUGCCCAUGUGCAAUCUUUGGAACCUCACAUACAAGCCUUGGCCAAGCAUGUUCGUAACGCCAAGGGCAAACUGUUUGACAUCCAAGAAUUGUUCCACAGAUUGACUGUCGACUCUGCCACUGAAUUCUUGUUUGGUCAAUCUGUUGAAUCAUUGAGAGACGAAUCUGUUGGUAUGGCCGAUGAAGCUACGGACUUCGCAGGGAAGAGUACCUUCGCCGCUUCGUUCACCAUUGCCCAAAACUGGUUGGCUAACAGAGCCGUUGCCCAGAAGUUCUAUUUCCUUAUCAACCCCAAAGAAAUGCGUGAUUCUAUCAAAGAUGUUCACAGAUUUGUCGAUUACUACGUUCAGGUCGCAUUGGACACUCCUCAAGACGAAUUGGACAAAAAGUCCAAGGACGGUUACAUCUUCUUGUACGAAUUGGUGAAACAGACUAGAGAUCCAUACGUGUUAAGAUCGCAGUUGUUGAACGUCUUGUUGGCUGGCCGUGACACCACCGCCGGUUUGUUGUCAUUUGCUUUCUUCGAAUUAGCCAGAAGACCAGAUAUAUGGAGCAAGUUGAAGGACGAAAUCUAUGAGAAUUUCGGCCUGGGUGAGAACUCCAAAGUUGACGAGAUUACUUUCGAAUCGUUGAAGAGAUGUGAAUACUUGAAGGCAUUCCUUAACGAAACCUUGAGAUUGUACCCAUCUGUCCCUGUUAACUUCAGAGUUGCUACUAAGGACACCACCUUGCCAAGAGGUGGUGGUAAGGAUGGUAGUGAGCCUAUUCUUGUCAGAAAGGGCCAGUCUGUCUUCUACAGUGUCUAUGCCACUCACAGAAGCGAAGCAUACUACGGCAAGGACAGACAUGUGUUCAGACCUGAAAGAUGGUUCGAGCCUUCUGCUAGGAAGCUCGGCUGGGCUUACUUGCCAUUCAAUGGUGGUCCAAGAAUCUGUUUGGGUCAACAGUUCGCCUUGACUGAGGCUUCGUACGUUGUCGCCAGAUUGAUUCAACUUUUCCCUAACAUUGAAAACUAUGAACCGGAGGAAGUUUACCCACCAUUUAAGAACUCCCAAUUGACCAUGAACCUUUUGAACGGGUUACACAUUGGCUUAUACUAG